UAAUUCUAUCUAUACUAGAACGCAAACCAGAUGAGUUAGUGGACGGACGUUUCUGCCCUUCUCUUUGCUGCCCGGUUGUUCCUCUCUUACAGGUGUCUGUCGUGCUGCUUAGUUUUACGUAUGUUUGCUUGACGCAAUGACAGCACGGGUGCGAGAUAGAGAUUUAGGUCAACCAGGUUAAUAGAUAGAGAGUGAGAGAGUGAGAUUUAGUUGUAAAUCAGAGAGAGAGAGAGAGUGAAUUAAAGAUCGACAACAUCGUUCUUUCAGUUUGUUGAUCGAUAGAGAAAGAGAGAGAGAGAGAGAGAGAGAGAGAGAGAGAGAGAGAGAGAGAGGAAGAAAGGCUGCUAAAUUGGACUCCUAGGCAUCUUCCAGCUCCCGAUUCUAAGGUAGUGCAGAGGUGGAGUUUCAUUUCAUGUGACCUACUCAUUCCACGACUGUGUUAUUCUCCGACAGGCGCUGCUUCAAGCUUACAUCCUCAAAAGGCUUUAGUUGCUGAGAUCUGGUGCCUUAAAGCUCGCCACUGAAACCUUUUUACGGUUCUCCGGCCUACUAUGGGCACCUGUAGAGAUUAGUAUGUCAGACUACAAUCCCAAACUGCCUGUUAUACCAUACAUCAGUAUACUCAAGGUCUCUUCUGAAGACUUAACCCAGAGUGAUAGGGGAUGGCUGGUUCCACUCCUAAAAAUACCAUUAGAUGUCAUCAUUGUGCUGGUCCUCUUUCUAAGGAGAUGGAAACUAGUGCAUGGACAGUUCCACCUCUUAUCAGGGAUAGCUUCUCUAUGAUUGGCUCUGCUGUUGGUGGUACAGUAAGUGCUUUUUAUGGAUUCAAUUAUGUGAUGCCUAUUGUUCAGAGACGGGUAAAAGGACCUAUGUGGUUACAUUUUUUCAUUGGUGCUCCUCCCGUCAUUGUAUUCUCUUCAGCUUGUGCUGGUUUGGCAGGUGGUGCAAUUCCAGCUGUGGCCCAACUUGCUUCGUCAUCUUAUCAUGCAGCUGUCUCAUCCUCCUCGUUGCCUCCUGCGACUUCUCAAGAUGAGAAGAUGCACAAGUCCAGAAAUUCCUCUACUCUGUGAUCCAGAGUCAAUUGUGUGCUUGUGUGCGCACAUGAGGGAAGCAUUAAGCUUUGACCUGCGCAAUUGUCCACAUCAGUCAUGUUUCCUGAGCUUCCAGAAGCAUGAGUUUGGUCAUAGAGAGUUGCUUGCUUUGGAUGUAAAAGUUCUUAUAUAAUGAUUUGAGCCAACUUAUUCGUGCUAUUAAUAAAACUUUAUGUUUUCAGUAA